GCUAGACGUAAAAAUGCAACCAGAGAAAGCACCACUACAUUGAAGGCCUGGUUAAACGAACACAUAAAAAAUCCUUAUCCUACUAAAGGAGAGAAAAUUAUGUUAGCCAUCAUCACCAAAAUGACUUUAACUCAAGUUUCUACAUGGUUUGCUAAUGCCAGAAGAAGACUGAAAAAAGAAAACAGAAUGACAUGGUCUCCAAGAAACCGU